UCCACCUUUGUAGGAGGCCAUUGGGAAUUGGACAGGGUCUCCUCUCUAUUAUGGAAAUUUCAAUAUCCAACAGAUUUUCUCUCUCCCUCCUUCGAGAACCCUCCUAUCUCUAAUCAGGGGUCUCCAAUAGUACUUGAGACGAGCAGUUGCGAGGGAGAGGUGGAGUUACUUUCCGGCGUAUACUUUGACGUAAAUCUUAGCUACCGGAAGUUGAUGACCGUAUAAUGUCUUCGCCUUCUGUGAAUGCUUCGUCGCCGGACUCUCCACCUUCGCCAAACGCUCCACCACCGUCAGGCUCAUCAUCUUCACCAACUCCAUCAUCAUCGCCGUCACCACCCUCAAAGUCACCGCCACCGUCAAAGUCACCGCCACCCUCACAGUCACCGCCAUCUCCUCCCCCACCCUCCGAGGCCCCUCCACCACCUCCAUCUGGAGGUAAUUCGCCAUCUUCACCACCACCACCGCCGCCACCCUCUUCCAAAAAUGGCCCUCCUCCGCCACCUCCAAAAAACGGUACACCUUCCCGGCCGCCACCUCCACCCCACCAUUCAUCUCCGCCACCUCCACACAAACUCUCACCCCCACCCCCAUCGUCGGAUUCUGAUAGUUCAACGUCUAGUUCAUCAGAUUCCAAUAACAACGCGCUGAUAAUAGGAGUUACAGUUGGGGUAGGGUUGUUUCUACUUGCCGUGAUCAUCAUUUGUACAGUUUGCUUUGGGAAGAAGAAGAAAAAGCGUGGCCAUAUGCAGAUGCAUUACUAUGGAGAUCCUUCACAAAAAGGUGGUGACUUCUACAAAGGUUCAUCUAACUGGCACAAUAGUCCCCAAGCACCUGACCAUGUUAAUGUCAGGCUACCCGCACCGCCAGGCGCUGGAUCACCCGGUGUGGGCCAGUGGGCUCCGCCUCCGGGCCCCAUGAUGUCAAGUAGCGGUGAAAUGAGCUCCGGGUUCUCAGGCCCAUACAAACCCCCCUUGCCACCUCCCUCACCAAAUAUGGCUCUUGGAUUCAACAAGAGCACUUUCACAUAUGAGGAGCUUGCGGCUGCAACGGGCGGGUUUUCCCAGGCCAAUUUGUUGGGUCAGGGCGGGUUUGGCUAUGUUCACAAGGGUGUGUUGCCUAAUGGAAAGGAAGUUGCAGUUAAGAGCCUGAAGUCGGGCAGCGGGCAAGGAGAGAGAGAAUUCCAGGCUGAGGUUGAAAUCAUUAGUCGUGUUCAUCAUCGACACCUUGUGUCACUCGUUGGAUAUUGUAUUGCUGGUGGGCAGAGAAUGUUGGUUUACGAAUUCGUCCCCAAUAAGACCUUGGAAUUUCACCUCCAUGUGGUUGCAGGAAAGGGCGUUCCAGUCAUGGAUUGGUCAACUAGACUUCGAAUUGCGACAGGAUCUGCUAAAGGCCUUGCAUACCUUCAUGAAGAUUGCCACCCUCGGAUCAUCCAUCGUGAUAUCAAAGCAGCAAACAUCCUCAUUGACUUCAACUUUGAAGCCAUGGUGGCUGAUUUUGGAUUGGCUAAGUUGUCUUCUGACACUUACACUCAUGUCUCUACUCGUGUCAUGGGAACAUUCGGGUAUUUGGCUCCAGAGUAUGCGUCGAGUGGCAAGUUGUCAGAUAAAUCUGAUGUUUUCUCGUAUGGUGUCAUGCUCUUGGAAUUAAUAACUGGGCGGCGACCUGUGGAUCCUUCAGGUGCAAUGGAAGAUAGCUUAGUAGAUUGGGCUCGACCAAUAAUGGCAAUCGCUUUGGAGGAAGGCAAAUAUGAUGAGCUGGUUGAUCCACGGUUGGAGGGCAAUUACAAUCCUCAUGAGAUGGCAAGCAUGGUAGCUAGCGCUGCUGCCAGCAUUCGCCACUCUGCAAGAAAGCGCCCGAAAAUGAGCCAGAUUGUACGUGCAUUGGAGGGAGACGUAUCGCUGGACGACUUGAAUGUGGGGACGAAGCCUGGGCAGAGCUCGGUUUUCGGCUCCAAUAAUGGGAGCUCAGACUAUGACAGCAGUGCUUACAAUGCUGACAUGAAGAAGUUCAGAAAGAUGGCUCUUUCAAGCCAGGACUUCCCUAGCAACGAGUACGGCACAUCCAGCAAUGAGUCCCGCGAGACGGGCAAUGGAGAAAACCAAAAGCAGUACCUUUGACUUUGAGUUCGCCACAUACACUUGAACAAAAUUUAAUAUACAUAUUUAUGUGCUUAUUGUACGUUGGUUUAUAAGUUAUUUGGGGAUCUGGGUUUUUGAGGUGACAUUGGAA